UAAGAGAACACCUCAAUUAUAAUUCUCUUAUUUCUUGACGUUAACGACGUUUAGUGCUGAAGCUGUUAACAUUUCUGCUAUCAUUCCCAGGUUUGCAGAACAGUCUUUCAUGUCAGGGAAAUAUGACGUAUAAAUAUUGGUGUCAUUGGAAUUUAAUAUUUCGAUAUAUUAAAGUAAUCAGUAUGGUUACUAAUUUCACGUAAAAUGGAAGUGUAAAAUGGUAAGUUUUUCAGUUUUUUGAUGUGUUUGUGUGCGAAUGAGGAAUUUUAAACCUGGUAAUAUUUGUUACUCAUGGAAGAACAUCGUAAGCUAUCAAAGGUUUGGGAACAUAUGAGAGUGUUGCGUGCAAUUCAGUAUCUGUCGCUGAUUACGGUAAUUUUGUGUUUUCCUUGAUAAUGAAUAUUAAAUUUUGUUUGUCUUUUCUGUAUAUUGAGUGCUUCCUGAGUCUGUAUAGUGUAGUGAAAACUACAUACAAAGUGAUUGUGUAAAAUGCUAACUGUUGAAAACGAACAUGGAAAAGAACCCUAGCAAAAGUGACGAACUUGUACCCAGGACCGAAGAUCGUAAAAUGUCUAGAAUGUGUUUGUUGAACUCGGAAAUGGCAAAGUCUUCUUGUACAGUUGACGAUCUUGUAUCCAAAGUCGUUGCUGGUUCUAGUGACGUUUGUGAUGAUGUAGUAAAAGAAGAAUAUGAAAUCUGUGAUACAAAUGGCUUUUCAAACACUGUGUUGUGUGGUGAAGAAGUUAAUAAUAUGAUGCCUUUGGAAUGUGUGAAGGUUGAACUAACAGAAGAGAACAGUGAAACAUAUAUUCAGAAAACUGCAGGCAGACAGGAGGAGCUUUCUUACAAGGACGGAAAAUCAUGUACUUCGGAAAGGAAGAGCAGUUCUAUCACUUCUGGUGAAAAAGCUUCAAAUAUUGCAAAUCAGGCCUCUUCGGAAUCUGUUGAGGGCAGUACUGGAAGUAAGGUUAAAGUACAAGUAAAUUCCAGCAGAGAGAAACGGAAAGUCACUGAAAACAAAGACAGCUCUGGCAAUAGCUCAGAGGACAGCCAAAAAGCAUCUGAUACAGAAGACAUUCGACUGUCAGAAAGGAUUCGGAAACUAAAAUCUAAAAUUUCUGACAGAAGAGAAAAGAGAGGCAUAAAUAGGUCAGGUGUUUCAAAACGGAAGGCAGAGACAGUGGAACGAAAGAGCACUGCAGAACUUGCAUCCCUAUUAUUCCAGGCACCAAAGAGAGGGAGGGCAACACAGCCAGAGGAGGGACCUCCUACAUGCUCAAUUUGCAACAGGACAUUUUCAAAUAAAACCCACCUGUAUUCUCACGUCAAGCUUCAUGAUGGUUUGAAGCCACAUACAUGUGAGACGUGUUCGAAGGCUUUUGCACGGAAAGGAGAUUUGGCCAUACAUAUGAGGCGUCAUACAGGUGAGCGACCAUACGAGUGCCCUCAGUGCAAGAAAACUUUUGUGGAAAAGUCUCAUCUCUUGCGACACACACGUAGCCACACAGGUGACAAGCGUCAUGUGUGUCCUGUAUGUGGAAGCGCCUUCUCAGAGCGAGCAGGCUUAGCAAAACAUUUACGCUCCCACACCGGAGAACGUCCACAUUUGUGCUCUGUGUGUGGUAAGUCAUUCGCUCAGCGUGAAUUUUUGAUUAGACAUGCACGCAUCCACACGGGUGAGAGACCGUUCACUUGUGACUUAUGUGGAAAAUCAUUCUCAGAUCGUUCUACUGCUGUGAAACAUGCUAGACUGCACACUGGCCUUAGACCAUUUCCUUGUCCGCUAUGUGGUCGCUGUUUUUCACAGAAACAACAUUUGACAGGCCAUCUGAAGACACAUGCUGGUGAACGUCCCCAUGGUUGUGAGGUAUGUGGUAAGAAAUUCGGUCGGAAGAGUGACUUAGUAGUGCACACACGACGUCAUACUGGAGAACGUCCCCACAAAUGUGAGGCAUGUGGCAAGACUUUCCUGGACCGCUCACAUCUUGUACGGCAUAACAAAGUACACAGCGGUGCCAAGCCCCACGUGUGCCAUGUGUGUGGGCGGUGUUUUGCAGAGAAGGGUCACUUGGAUGGACACCUGCGAGUCCACACUGGGGAGAAACCCUACUCAUGUGAUGUAUGUUCCCGCAGCUUUGCUGAUCGGGGCACCCUCGUGAACCACAUGCGUGUUCACACUGGAGAGCGGCCCUUUGGCUGUCCCAUCUGUAGUAAGGCAUUUGCGCAGAAAGGCUCACUGCUCAAACAUGUCCGCAUACACUCAGGAGAGAGGCCCUAUUCAUGCUCUGUGUGUGGGAAACGGUUUGCAGACAAAGGUUACUUUGUUAAGCACUCUCGACUCCACACUGGUGAAAAUUUGCACACAUGUGCUCUGUGUGGCAAAUUCUUUGCACAGAAGUGUCAUCUUAUCAGACAUGCCAAGGUUCAUGGUGUUCAGCCUGAAAGUGUAAUGAUGCCAGUUGUUACUAUAUAAGCUUCUUGGUUUGUGUGGAAAUAACAGCAUUCCAAAUGUCACUCUGUACUACCUACUGCUGAUAUGUCUCCUUUAUUUAACUCUGUGUUCUUAAGCUUUUAAUCUAUUCAUAUGAAUGAUUUCGGUUUGUCUGAUACUGUGGAACAGUGAUAGGAGGAGGUAUGAUUUAUAAUGAGAAGUCUGUUAUACCAAGUAAAAAAGCAUCAGCACUUCUAAUUUCUUAAGGUUACAUAUGUGGAAAUACUAUGGGGCCAUUUUUCCAGAACUCAUGGUAAUGAGUGAUUCCUAGGCAGCUGCCACUUCCUUUCUGCAUCUUUUUGCACAAAAUAUAUUUGCAGGAGUAAAUAAAGUUAUUGUUAAAUGUUGCCCAGUACCUCUCCCUUGUUUGGAAGAGGAAAUUCUGCAUUCCAGAAUCUGAGAACUGUAUGUCUGAAUAGAAAAUUUAUGCAAUCUUGAGGCAAAGUGCUCAGCAUGCAUGCACAGAGUCAUUCUAAUUCAUGAUUUAAAAACAAUGGCAAAUGGUUGCAAGUCCUGAGAAAAUCUUUUUAACUUCUUAAUUCUGAUAAUACUAAAGAUGAGGAUGUUUAAUUAUUCUUCAUUGCUUUCAUGUGUAUUUGAUAACCACCAGACAGCUUACGAUAUGUUUGCAUAGUGUAACAGUUCUAACACAUAUGCUCUGUUAUUGCCUGGAGAUUACAUAAAUUCAUUUUGUUUAAUUAUCUGACAAAUGGAUGACUUAUGGGCAUAAAAUAUUUUAUUUUUCGUCCAUGAUAUGUAUGUAUUGACCGUCUUCUAGUGCACACAAUCUCACAUGUUACAACGUGCAUUACAACGAAUGCAGCCAAAGAAGGAGGACACAUCACAAGACAC